AUGUCCGCCCAAGCCCUGAACCCAAAGCACCAACCUGCCCGCCAGCCCGCCGCCCGCAACUGGGCGCACACAGGCACAGCGAUCGGAGCCACUCACAGCCACUCAGCGCAGCGACCGGGGGCCACGACACCCGACCUUCCACGGCUCAGGAGACGGCGGGCCUGCGAUAGGGCAGUCCUUGCCACGACCCUCGCCGAGCCACUCGAGCCAUCGCCAGAGUUGUCUCAACGGGCAGAGGGCCGCAUCAAGCUGGCACGACGCUGCUCGGGGGCGCGCGUCAUACUGCCCUGCUGGCCUCGUGGCAUGCGCCCACCACCUCGCUCUUCUCAAAUCGUCGGUCACAAACUCCCCUUCUGGCUUCGUCGACACCGACUCGGGAGCCCUCGUCGCAGAUCACUCGCCUGCGUCCCCAAAGGACGAGAGGAUCCCGACGACGGCGGGCGGCAGUGUCGUCUGAGCGCCUGCAUCCUGACACACCCGGCCCAAGCCCUAUGGAACCGACGUGAUUCAGAUCUGACAAAGUCAUAUAUUUUGGCUGAUAUCCGACGCGCCGACGUAGUAGGCUCAUCCAUCAUCUCGUCGCCCUACAGCUGUCAAUCUAUGGUACCUACUGCUUCCCUGCGCCCUGGAUCCAUAGCCUUGCGCCCGGCGUGGCGGUGUGCGUAUGGCAUUGCAUCAAACGAGUGA